AUGGCAUCGGCAUUCCACAGUGUCACACUGUAUCUGGUGGUGUUGCUAGCUGUUGUCACUCUUGGCCCACUCCAGUUUGGCUUCCACUUGGCCGAGCUCAAUGCCCCCGAAGAUGUUAUCACCUGCCGAAAGACGUCCAUUUCGGCCGUCAAGAGGGCGAUCUCCUUCUUCAAGUCGGACCCUCCCGUAGCCGCGCCCACCGACUGUAUUCCGAUGGGUCGGCCCGCAUUCGCCGCCAUAUCCGCCAUUUUCACCGUUGGCGGUCUUCUUGGGGCUUUAGCAGCUGGCCCCUUUACAUCAAGCCGUGGCCGCCGACGCUCGAUGCAGGCCACGGCUGUGUUCUACCUGGUGGGCUCCAUCGUCGAGACAAUAGCAGCUUCCGUUCCGCUCAUGAUACUGGGCCGCUUUCUCACCGGUAUCGGCGCUGGUGCGAGCACCGUCAUCGUCCCAUUAUACAUCAGCGAGGUGGCCCCGCCGGCGCAGCGUGGGUUCUUCGGCGCCUUUACUCAAAUCAGCAUCAAUGUCGGAAUAUUGUUCACGCAAAGCCUGGGAUACUUUCUUAGCCACGACAGCGCCUGGCGGUGGAUCCUCGGCUCAGGCGUUAUCAUUGCUAUCAUCCAGGCCGCUGGCCUGCUGGUUGUUCCCGAGAGCCCAGCCUGGACGGCCAGUGUCCGGGGCGAUAUGGUUCGCGCCCGCCGCGUCCUGCAACGGAUCCGGGGCAAGCACGCCAAUAUUGACAACGAGGUCGACGCUUGGGGAGAGGGUGAUGGCAAACUCACUAACGAGGAGGAGAGCCUACUUGCGGGUGAAGCUAGCACGUCCUUGGAAACCUCCGCUACGCUGCUAUCGCCACAAGUUAGUGCUUCGCGCCCCGACAAGACCACCCUUGGCUUCGUACAGGUUGUUCGUGAUCCGCUGUACCGGCCUGCCAUAAUCGCCGUCGUUGGAAUCAUGUUUGCGCAGCAGCUCUGUGGCAUCAACUCCAUGAUCAUGUACUCUGUGUCUCUGCUCAGGGACCUUCUCCCUACCAGUUCAGCACUGCUUACCAUUAUCAUCUCGGUCAUCAACCUUGGUACGACUAUUGCCGCCUCACCACUGCCAGACAAGCUCGGCCGGAAGACCUGCCUGCUCGUCUCCAUAACCGGCCAGGGAACGAGCUCCCUGGCGCUGGCUCUUUCUAUUGUAUUCGAACUGAAGAUCAUGUCCGCGAUUGCCGUCUUGCUUUUUGUCGCCUUUUUUGCUGUCGGCCUUGGCCCCGUGCCGUUCAUCAUGGCGUCAGAACUCGUGGGUCCUGAGGCUGUGGGUGCAACGCAAUCUUGGGCGCUGGGGGCCAGCUACAUUGCUACCUUCCUUGUGGCGUACCUAUUCCCAAUUGUCAAUGAGGCUCUCAACAGCGCGCUUGGAGGCGCUGGCUGGGUGUACUUUAUCUUUGCGGGCUUUGCGGUCCUCUGGGCUGGCUUUGUGACGCGGAAUGUUCCCGAGACCAAAGGCAAGAGAGAUGCUGAUGAAGUAUGGGGCCGGAUGAGACGCACUGACUGA